AUGAGGGGCGCCGGGGGCUGCUGGAAGCGGCUGCGGCUCAGGGGCCGGCGGAGGAGCUCGGCCGCCUUCCUCCUGGCUUGGGCCGCCUGCUGGCUGGGGCUCAGCGCCUCGCUCCUCGCCCUCCUCCGCCGGGGAGCCUUCCCCGGGCGCUGCACGGACGAGAGCGGCCGCAGCAUCCUGGCCAGGCUGUGUCUUGACUACAGCAGCGGAGCCCUGACCGGUGACCUCUGUGAGGACCUGUGUGUGGCACAGAAGCUGGUGUACAAACACUGCCUGUACUACGACAGAGGGAAGAAGGUCAUCCAGGCUGACUGGAGAGGCCAGCCCAUCAUCCUGAAAUCCAAAAAGGAAAUCUUCUCCAGCUACCAGCAUCUCAGCAUACUAGAGGAGGUGGAAACACAGGAUAUCACCGAAACGGAGCUCCUGCUGAUGGCAGCCUUGGAGGUCAAAAAUGUUCUGGGUCUGGAACUGUCCAACAACACCAUGGGGCCCCUGUGGACAAGGAGGAAGGGACCCCAUUGGAAAGCACAGGUGGCCAGCAUGUGGUCCUUGCUCCAGCAGGAGGAAUAUAUCUUCUUCAGUUUGCUUCAGGACUUCAGCAAACAUGUGCUACGAAUUAUUGGCUCUUGUGGACACUUCUAUGCCGUGGAGUAUCUCACAGCUGGACAUGCCUGGCACAAAACUCUUUUUCCCUUGGAAGACAUGGUUGGUCCCUCCCUUACUGGCCACAGAAGCAGAGUGAGAGCCAUCAUUGACAUCGCACUCAGCUUUCUGGACAUGGUGCAGCAUUUUGAUAAUGAUUUCUCUCACCGACUUCACCUGUGUGACAUCAAACCAGAAAACUUUGCUAUCAGGCACGAUCUCACGGUGGUGGCCAUCGAUGUGGAUAUGGCCUUUUUUGAGCCCAAAAUGAGGGACAUCCUUGAACAGAACUGCACAGGAGAUGACGACUGUAAUUUUUUUGAUUGCUUUUCAAAAUGCAAUCUGAAAAUCAGAAAAUGUGGAGCACAGAGAGCCAAUAACAACUUGCAAGUCAUCUGUGACAAAAUAUUCCGCCGAUGGUUUUCUCCCAGCCUCAGAGGGCCGCUGGUUUCCUUCCCCCUGCAGCCGCAGCUGCAGAAAGCUGUGCAGGAGUGUGCAGAGCCGGGGCGUGUGGAUGCUGCUGGGCACCAGAGACCCCUGAAUUCUCUCUCCGAAUUGUACCACCUGCUUCGGGUCAGUCAGCGAGAACUGCUGAGGGCAGAGUAG